AUGAAUCAUGAUGGUUCGUUGACUGCUUGUUCCCUCUUCCUCCUCAUUCGGCCUGCCUUCGGAUGGCAACAUUUCUCCGACUGCGUCUCUUUAUCUCUCAUUUCUGCACAUCGUCUAAAGCUCGAUGAGCUUUUACCCGGUCGUUCAGUUCUUCAGAAUUAUUUUGUUUUUCUGUUUUUUGCCUUGUGUGUUUCGUAUUUUAUUCUGAAAAUAGAUCCUCGAAGUUUUGUGAAAACUGGCUUCUCCAAGACACUAAACGAAUCGUAA